GUGUUCAGGGACAGAUUCAGAAGAGGCGCCCAGAUCGGGGUGAUGGCGGGAGGCCCGAUAUGGAAAGUGGCGCGCCGCUGUUCGGUGCGAAGCCAUUCACGCCAUGGACGCCCGGUGACAGGUCCAUCACGCCCGCCGCUGUCCGUCUGCCAGCUGCAGGGCACUGGUGCAUGUCAGCCUCGUCGUGAGCCCGCCCCUCUGCUCUCUCCGCCAGCAUGCAUAUUCACAUCAACUUUCUCGUGCUUGAAGCAGACACGGCCCCGCGCCCCCAUAUAGGAAAGUUCGCCUCGAGCCUUUCCAUGGCCGAGUCCGAUCGGCAUCCCGAUCGCCGGCGCACACCGUCCCCUGCUCCGACCGACUAUAGCGCCUUCGUGCGUGCCACGCUUGCGCAUCACUCCCGCACAUCAAGUUCAGUUGACCAAAGCGUCCUGCGGAAGUGCCUAGGCUUGGCUUCGUCGUAUCUUAUCACCGACACGACAAUGAACCCUGAUACUGGACUCAGCAGCUGGAAUAUCGGCUUCAGCCAGCUCAUCGACGUAUUAGUCGCGCUGCACAACAGAGGCGAGCUCGCGCUCGACACCGUGAACGCCGCCAGCAAGGCAUGCUCGGAGUGCUGGACCGUGGCAGGGUCAUGGCGAGAGAUGGACGCGGGGCGGGACACCGUGCGCGGCGUAGCAGUCAGGCUGAAGGGGCUGCUGGACGAGAACGGGAAGACGUACCGCGGGGGACGGGUCUACGUUCCCUGAAAUGACGGCGCACCGCUGGAAGGUACUUGUAUGAACGACAUGCUGUACGACAAUCAAUUUGUAGAAUACGGUGCUCUCGAUCAUCUCCCUCUCAUCAUCACGCUCCCGAUCUGCGCCCUCAUCGCGCCUUUAUUGUAGUCUGUGUUCAGACGCGGGGGCCUUACCGAGAGGUCGCCAUUUUCGACCUCCGUUUGAAAUCCAAUAUAACACAUUACAUUCGUUUGUGA